AUGAAUAAGGAAAAGAGUUAUGCUCAUAUCAUAGCCGGAGGAGUAUCUGGUGUUUUUGCAAGCAUUGUUACGCAACCUUUUGAUGUCUUGAAGACAAAUUUAAUUGGAGCCCGAGAGAGGAGCAAUAAGUCACCAAUACCACUAGUGCAUGGAAAAAUGCAAGACAAAUUGCAAGGUACCAUUUCAUUCCUCACGACCAUUUACAAAACAGAAGGAGUUAGAGGUCUUUGGAGAGGUUUAGUACCAACAUUUUGGAGAUAUCUGCCUGGGGGCGCCAUGUAUUUUGGAUCCAUACACUUUUUGAAAAUAGGUCCUUUAAACACUAAGAAUAAUGGACUUCCUCAACCUGUCAAUGAUUUUCUGAUUGGAGCCAUAUCUAAGAGUAGUGCAACCAUUUCUACCAUGCCUAUUUUGGUUGUUAAAACUAGAUUUGAGAGUAUAGAAGCAUGUGAACAUUUAAAAUCGAGGAGCGUACUAAGUACCAUCAAAGAAAUUUAUGGUACUGGAGGAAUGCGAGGUUUAUUUGCAGGAGUCACACCAACAUUAAUAAGAGAUAUCCCUUAUUCAGGACUUUUCUAUUUAUUCUAUAGACAGAGUAAUGAUUUGCUAAGUUUUUUGGUUGGACACGAUUUGUCAGCCAAAACAUCCACCUCGAACCAAAUUAUUAGUGUAGCCGCAGUGAGCUCUCUAAUUGCUGGAGCCAGCGCUACCUUAAUAACGCACCCUUUCGACCUGAUCCGAACACGUCUACAAUUACCAAAUCAAGGAGGUUACUCUGGCUUUAUGGAUGCCUUAGUCACAAUUCCUAAGGAAGAGGGCCUUCGAACUUUGUUUUUGAGAGGAAUUGUUCCUAAAAUCAUGAAACGAGGAUUAGCACAUGCUAUAUCAUGGUCAUUAUAUGAAUCAACUGUACUAAUGACAACAAAAUAA